AUGAUGAUGAUGAUUCGGAUGAUGAUGAUGAUGAUGAUGAUGAUGAUAGAUGAUGAUGAUGAUUCGGAUGAUGAUGAUGAUGAUGAUGAUGAUGAUGAUGAUGAUGAUAUUGAUGACGAUGAUUAUGAUGUUGAUUACGAUGUUAAUGAUGAUUAUUCGGAUGUUGAUCAUGAUGAUAAUGUUGAUGAUGUUGUUGAUGAUGAUGAUAAUGGCGAUCAUGAUGAUGAUGACGAUGAUGAUUAUGAUGAUGAUGAUGAUGAUGAUGAUGAUGAUGAU